AUGGGUUCGGACUGGGGACCAGUGCUGAUGUCGGUGAUCUUGUUCAUCUUGUUGAGCCCAGGAGUUCUGUUUCAGCUGCCGGGAAAGAGCAAAGCCGUUGAGUUCGGUGGGUUUCAGACAAGCGGCCCCUCCAUUGCCGUCCACACUCUCAUCUUCUUCACCUUCAUCACCAUCUCCCUCCUCGCUCUUCACAUCCACAUCUACGCCGGCUAG